ACUCGUUUUGACCAAUGUAUAAUAAGAAUAUUUUCGUCAUUAUAAUAAUGAUUUUUAUAAUUAUUCAUCAAAGUACAACGAUAUUACAAACCAAUAAUAUUCAAAAACGACAAUUGCAAUCAACAAUUCCAUGUGGUACAAAAUAUUUAAAAGAAACAAUUGGCCUGUCGAUAACCAAUAAUAAUUUAUAUCAAUUUUUAUUUAUAAAUAAUACGAUACAAAUUAUCAGAUAUGAUUAUCAAAAAUUAUCGGAAAAUAAUAUCGAUAAAAAUGACUAUAAAUUAAAUUUGAUUGAUGGUGAAAUGUUGAAUAAUGGAUUAGUUGCAUUAGUAUUUCCAAAUAUAGUUGAACAAAUCAUGACAGUAAUACAAUGGAAAGCUAGUGAUGAACAAUCAAAAAAUCAUCAUCAUCAUCAAACACCAAUAAUAAGUAUGGCAAUAUCAUAUAAUCCGGAUAAAAGAAUUUGUAUUUAUUGUCUGAAAACAUUUGAUCAAUUAACAUAUUAUAAUGGUCAUUAUAAUCAGGAAAUUGAUUUUGGUAAAGUAAAAACAUUUAUUAAUAAAUAUGAUAAACAAAUGAUAAAAAGUACCAUUUCAAAUGAAAAUAAUGGAAUAUUAUCAUCUGUUUAUAGUCAUAAAUUAUCAUUCAGUUUAGAUAUUAUAAAAUUAAUGAAAAAUUAUCAAAAUGAUGAUGAUUUUAUAUGGGAAAAACAUUUUGUAAUUGAUUCAAGUUUACAAUUUAUAAAUGAAAUGGAUGAUUACACUACCGAACAAGAACAACAAGAAUUUACAAAAUCAUUUGCCCAGGUAUUUGGUCAACAUAAAUUUAUAUAUGGUUUUAUUGAUAAUGAUCGAAUCUUUUUAUUCGCAAAUCAAGAUGAAAAAUUAAUUACAUUUUCAUCAAAUUUUAAAAGAGAAAAUGCUGAUAUUGAUGAAGAAUAUCCAUUUAAAUUACAAUCAUUUAAAGAUUUUUUUCAUUGUAAUCGACCAUUAGAUCCGGUUAAAAUUGAUGAUAAUAAACAAACGACUAUUUCUACAACUACUACUGUAAAGCCACAACCAUCAACAAAACAUGAUGAUUCUACUACAACAAUGAAGACGAUAACUACCGAAAAACAACAACCAUCACCGUCAACAACAACAAUAAUAUCGACAAUAAAAACAGCAGUUACAAAAUUACCGAAUUCUAUUACUAUCAAGCCGAAUAAUUUGAAAACAACAACUAUACGAUCAAUAUUUGAUCAACAACCAAUAACAAUUCCAUAUUUAAUAAUAAUAUUAAUAUUAUCAAUAUUAGUAUUUUUAGUAUUAACGUUAAUUUGUUUGGUUGUUUAUUAUAUACAAAAAAUUAAAAAAAUUAAAACACCAUUAUCGAUACAUAAAUUUCUAUUACAACGUUAUAGUUUACAAAAUUCACCUAGUAAUCGAUUAGAUGGUAGAUUUUCAUUAAAUUCAUCAAUAUUACCAACAUCAAUAUCAACAACAACAACAGUGAGCGAAAAAUUAUCAACAAAUUCAUCAUCAAUGAUAUCAAAAACACCACCAACACAAAUGAUGAAUAAUAAAACGAUAAAUCCGAAUUAUUAA